AUGUCAACCACCACCGCCGUCCAGCUCGAAGCCUUUGGCAACGGCAUCCACGAGCCCCACGCCUCAAUUCUACGUCCAAGAGCUGGCCUUGCGGAUACUACCUCAAUUCACCAAAAUGAAGACCCUGCUCUUGAAGAAUCACGUAUCGCUGAUAGUACCGUUCCUGAUGGCGGCUAUGGCUGGGUCGUGAUUAUCGCCUGCGCUGUUGUGGCCUGGUGGGUUAUUGGACUCAGCUACGUCUGGGGCGUGUACCAAAGCGCUCUCGUUGAGCGAAAUGUUGGAUCACCUCUUGCAUUGUCCUUCUGCGGGUCUCUAUCGCCUGCGCUGAUGGCUACUGUUGGAAUGCUGGUGUCACGAAUGCUGCGCUCGUUUGGCACGCGCAAGCUUAGCUUUGCUGGCAUCAUCCUCAUGGCGCUUUCUCUCAUCGGCGCAAGCUUCGUCACAGAUCAUCUCAUUGGACUUGUCUUUCUCCCUGGAGUUCCGUUGGGUCUUGGUAUGAGUGGGUGUUUCAUGUCCUUCUCUGUUGUGCCGGCGCAGUACUUCAAGAAGAAGAGAGGCCUUGCCAACGGUAUAGUGUAUGCCGGUGGUGGUUUUGGAGGUGCAAUCAUGAGUAUUGCUACAAACUCUCUUAUCGAAAAGUAUAGCGUGGAGUGGGCUUUUCGAAUCACGGGGCUGUUGAUUGCUGCAACUGGUCUCCCUGCGGCGAUGCUGAUCAAGGAGAGAACUCCCCUCACGUCAACUGGGAUUGUUGAUUGGAAGUUAUUCCGCCAGGCUAAUUUUGCUCUUUUGUUCUUUGCUGCCGGUAUUGGAAUCUUCCCUCUUCUUGUCCCGCCCUACUUCCUCCCUCUCUACUCCCGCUCCAUGGGUCUCAGCACAGGAACAGGUGCUGGGCUACUAGCAGGAUUUAGUUUCUCUUCUGCCGUGGGACGAAUCAUGAGCGGCUAUCUCUGCGAUAUUCUCGGACCGGUGAACACACUUGGUGUCUUCUUUCUCGGCAACUCGCUCACGAUGCUUGCUCUCUGGCCUGCUUCAACAACUCUUGCACCGUUGGCUGUCUUUGCAGUUCUGAACGGCUUGAUGAACGGUGGUUUCUUCUCGUCUAUGCCGACUGUUGUGGGCAAUGUAUUUGGUUCCGUGCGUGUGUCGACGGCCAUGGGAAUGAUGAUUGCUGGCUGGGUCACUGGGUAUCUCUUUGGAUCUCCCAUCGCUGGAUCUCUGCUCCAAUCGCAUGGAGGCGCAGAUGAAGGACUGGGCGCAUAUAGGCCGGCCAUGUUUUACGCUGGAUCGAUGUCGGCGAUUGCGACUAUUCUCACUGUGGUAUUGCGGUUAAGGAUUAGCAAGAAGUUCAUAGCAAAAGUCUAG